UUUGUUUUUAUUUCAAACAGCUGUUUAGUACUCCGAUUUUACAUUUUUUUAUUACAAUUAUUCAAAAUAAUUUUGACGUGUAAAAACUUUAAUUAAUAAAUUAGUCGAUAUAACAAUAUCUAUGAACAAUUAAAUGGCAAUAUAAAAGGAAAUAUCAAAAAUAAAUUAAUUGUUUAUUUUUUUUGCCACUAUUGUUUUACAUAAUUGUCUCUCAACCACCUUCCACUGGACUUUGAACUGGUCAUCAUUUUUAAAUAAAUUUAAACACAAUUUUCUAGAUUAAGAAUUACAAGUUAUUUGGAUUAUAUAUAAUUUUGGAAGAGUUCAAAAGUCAAUGAUUAGUGCUUCAUAUUUGCAAAAUGUCUGACUCAACUGAACGUAAGGCUAAUCCCAUCAAAUCUUUCCUGAGCGGAGGUUUUGGAGGCAUUUGCACUGUAUUAUCAGGUCAUCCUUUAGAUACUAUUAAAGUACGUUUACAAACUAUGCCCCGCCCUGCUCCAGGUGAGCAGCCAAUGUUUAAAGGAACUUUUGAUUGUGCUGCCAAAACAAUCAAAAACGAGGGUUUCCUAGGCUUAUAUAAAGGCAUGUCAGCUCCCAUGACCGGUGUGGCACCAAUUUUCGCUUUAUGUUUUGCUGGUUAUGCGCUGGGAAAACGUGUUCAACAGACUGAAGGCAAUACCAAAUUAACAUAUUCCCAAACAUUUGUGGCUGGUUCCUUUUCAGGUCUUCUAUCCACUAUUAUUACUGCUCCUGGUGAGCGUAUAAAAUGCCUACUGCAAAUUCAACAAGCCUCAUCGGGGGCAGAACGUAAAUAUAAUGGCAUGGUUGAUUGUGCCUUAAAAUUGUACAAGGAAGGUGGCAUUCGUUCUAUCUAUAAGGGUAGCUGUGCUACUCUACUCAGAGAUUUGCCGGCUAACGGCUGUUACUUCUUGGUAUACGAGUACUUACAAGAAGUUGCCAAAAAACAAAGUGGCAGUGAUCAGGUCAGCUUAACUGCCACCCUAUUUGCUGGUGGUUCUGCUGGUAUUGCCUACUGGAUAGUUGGUAUGCCUGCCGAUGUUUUAAAGAGCCGUUUACAAACAGCUCCCGCUGGUACAUAUCAACACGGUAUUCGUAGCGUUUUUAAGGAAUUAAUGCUUAAGGAUGGACCUCUUGCCUUAUAUCGUGGUAUAACACCCAUAAUGAUUCGUGCUUUCCCAGCCAAUGCCGCUUGCUUCUUUGGCAUUGAAUUGGCCAAUAAAGUAUUCAAUAAAUUCGCUCCAAAUUUUUAGUUCCUUCACUAAAAACGUAUAGGAUAUGUUAAAAAUUUAUAUUUUUGUACAUUUAUCACGUAUCUUAGAUGCGCCCUAUGUUUGAUAUUAUUAGAAUUUCUAUAAUAAGAAAAAGUGAAGACAAAUAAAUGCAAAUUAGUUUGUAUUAUUUCAAUCUAUAAAAA